UUUUAUAUCUUUAGCAGCAAAACAAUUUCUCAUUCCUCCAACCCGAGUUUAUACUUUCAUUCAUACUUUAAAAACAUACAUCCCUUUCAGCACUACAAAGAGAUGAUGAGUAACAAGAGAAGUAGAGGAGAAAUGGAAGAGAGCAUGGAAGAAACCAUGGCAAAGUGUUUAAUGUUAUUUUCACGCGACAAUGGAGAAGCAAUCGAGUAUCAAUCCGUGAUUCAGCAACACACAAUGCCAACGAGCAGUCGUGGCCGUAUUUAUGAGUGCAAAACAUGUAAUAAACAAUUUCCGACAUUUCAAGCGCUAGGAGGACAUAGGGCGAGUCAUAAGAAACCUCGGUUGAUGGAACUGUAUUCAUCAGAUAAUCAAACUAUCAAUGACAACCAACAGCAACGGAGAAAACAAAAGAUUCAUGGGUGUUCGAUUUGUGGUUUAAAGUUCCCGAUUGGGCAAGCUUUAGGUGGGCAUAUGAGAAAACAUAGAGCUGCCAUGAUCGGAUCUUCGCCAACAACGGCAACAGCAGAAACAACAACAACAGGAUUGUCAUCCUCAUCAUCUGAUGAUACUAACAUUAGUUUUCAAGAAGAAAGACUACCACAAGUGCCGGUGCUAAAGAGAUCAAACAGUAACAGGAGAGUCUUGAGUUUGAAUUUGGAUUUGAGCUUAUCUCUUCUUCCUUAUGUUAGUAACGAUUUUGAAUUCUCCACCAUUGUAAAUGCAGACACACAUAUGCCAUCUACCCCAUCCAUGAUUUAUAGUUUUAUUUGAUUAUAUAGUAUGAUCGAGAUGUAGCUAGAUUUCACAUAGACAUAGACUUUUAUUCUUGUACUAUUCUAAAUUAAUUCGAUGUAUAUAUAAUUGAAUGAUAUCGUGACAUUUGACUCGUAAAGUUUCCCCAA